UUUGAUUUUCACGAUAAGCAUAUUUUACACAACGCAAAACAAAGGUGGAAAUCAAUUUAAUUUUGUCGGAAAACAACAAAAUAUGAUAAAUCUGUAUACAAAAUCAACUGCUUGAUAAGAUAUUAAGAGUACCAACAGAAUAAAGGAAACAGGCAUGAAGUGAGGAUAGACAGUAGAGAAUUAUUAGACCAACUUUCUCAGGUACCAGCACAGACAUGGAAGUUACAACACCAAGCACUCCCCAUACAAGCUCUGACUCUACUGAUGUGAUGUCAUCAACUCAAGGAGAAGGGGAGGAGGGUAGUGAGAAUGACUGGCGGGACAGGUCCGAAGAUAACAGACCCGUGUUUAUCAUGGGAGAUGAAGAAAUCAGCAGAUACACUCCGGUACAUUUUCAAAAGAAUCUAGAUGGCCAGAAGAUACGGGUGGGGAUUUGUGCCAUGGCAAAGAAGGCCAAUUCUAAGCCAAUGAAGGAAAUACUUAUGAGACUUGAGAGAUUUGAACAUUUACAGAUUGAGGUGUUUGAAGAAAGUAUGAUCACCAAGCAGUGUGUGGAGGAAUGGCCAGUAGUAGAUGCUCUCAUAGCAUUCUUCUCUCACGGUUUUCCCCUACAGAAAGCUAUACAGUACAAGAACCUGCAUAAACCAUUUGUUAUCAAUGAUUUAGAGGCACAAUAUGCACUCAAAGACAGACGUGAAGUGUACAAAAUACUGGUGAGGGAAGGAAUUUCUCAUCCAAGAUAUGCAGUUAUGAAUAGGGAUGAAGUUGAAAAAGGGGAUUUUGAGGAGAAUGAGGAUGCAAUUGAAGUGAACGGAACAUCAUUUCAGCGGCCAUUUGUGGAGAAGCCGGUGAACGCGGAAGAUCAUAAUAUCUACAUAUACUUCCCGGUGUCGGCUGGCGGUGGCUGUCAAAGACUCUUUAGGAAGGUCAGAUUCUGGGAACCUGUGUCAAAGAAAAUUGUUGGAUCCAGAAGCAGCGUGUAUUCCACCAUUGGUCGAGUAAGAAAAGCGGGUUCAUACAUCUACGAAGAUUUCAUGCCUACUGACGGUACGGAUGUGAAAGUUUACACAGUUGGACUGGACUAUGUACAUGCAGAGGCAAGAAAGUCACCAGCUCUGGAUGGCAAGGUGGAGCGAGAUAAAGAAGGGAAGGAAGUUAGAUACCCUGUGCUUCUUUCAUCAGCCGAGAAAAUGAUUGCUCGAAAAGUGUGUCGUGCAUUUAAGCAAAAUGUGUGUGGGUUUGACUUGCUGAGAACUGGUGGGAAAUCCUAUGUAUGUGAUGUGAAUGGAUUCAGCUUUGUGAAGAACUCCACCAAGUAUUAUGAUGACUGUGCCAAUGUAUUAGGGACAAUGAUAGUUAGAGCCCUAGCACCUCAACUACAUAUACAGAAUGUGGCCCUUGUUUUAGGGGCUGGCCCUGAAGAUAUACCUGUAGUGCCUACCACAUCGGGCUCCAUGAUGGAGCUACGAUGUGUGAUAGCUGUGAUAAGGCAUGGUGAUAGAACUCCCAAACAGAAAAUGAAGAUGGAAGUCAAACAUAAAAAAUUCUUUGAGUUGUUUGAGAGACACAAUGGCUAUAAGAAAGGCCACCUGAAAUUGAAGAAACCAAAACAGCUACAGGAAGUGCUAGAUAUUGCACGGGACCUUCUCAGUGAGAGUGGGCAUGACCCAAAUCCAGAAGUGCUUGAGAAAAAAGCGAAAUUGAGACAGCUGAAGUUGGUUUUGGAAAUGUACGGUCACUUCUCGGGUAUAAAUCGUAAAGUGCAACUGAAGUACCAGCCCCAUGGGGCUCCAAAAAAGUCGUCAAGCGAAGAAGGUCUGAAUAUUGAGAGCGUUAAGUAUCUUACGUCUCCUCAUGAAUAUCCAAAAGAGCCCUCUCUUGUUUUAAUACUGAAAUGGGGAGGGGAGCUAACUCCUGCUGGAAAGUACCAAGCUGAGGAUCUGGGAAAAGCAUUUAGGACACUUUACCCUGGUGGACAAGGAGAGUUUGAGACUCCAGGACUUGGUUUUCUCCGACUUCACAGUACAUACCGACAUGAUCUGAAGAUCUAUGCCUCAGAUGAAGGAAGGGUACAGAUGACUGCAGCUGCAUUCACAAAAGGUUUGUUAGCUUUAGAAGGAGAGCUGACACCAAUUCUGGUUUCCAUGGUGAAGAGUGCCAACACAAAUGGUCUGUUGGAUAAAGAGGGAGAAACGUCUAAAUACCAACAUGUUGUGAAGGAAAGAUUGAUGGAUAUACUGAAUCAAGACAGAGAAUUCACAGCUGAAGAUGAAGACAAGUUGGCUCCUACGAGGAAUACAUCACUACUGAAGGCAAUGGAGUUCAUAAAGAAUCCAAAGAAAAUGUGCGAUCGAAUAUAUGAUAUGGUACAGGAAAUCACAGCUAAAAUAAAAACGCUUAAGAUGGAAAUUAAAACAAGAGACCUAAAACUCUACCAUGGAGAAUCGUGGGAGUUGUUGAUACGGCGCUGGGCAAAAUUGGAGAAAGACUUCAAACUGAAGACUGAUAACUAUGAUAUAAGCAAGAUACCAGAUAUAUAUGAUUGUAUAAAAUAUGAUCUACAGCAUAAUCAAAAAACACUACAGUUCGAUAGGGCAGAGGAGUUAUUCCUGUCUUCUAAAGCUUUAGCAGAUAUUGUUAUACCUCAGGAAUAUGGCAUUACCGUUGAAGAGAAACUGCAUAUCUCUCAGAGUAUAUGUACUCCACUGAUGCGUAAAAUACAUAGUGAUCUUCACGUGGGUUGCCUAGCCAUGGAUGAGGAAAGUACGAGACUUAACUCCAAGUAUUCUAAAGGCGUAUCUUCACCAGAGAGAUUUGUAAGAACCAGACUGUAUUUUACAAGUGAAAGUCAUAUACACAGUCUACUGAACAUGCUACGUUUUGGUGGAUUAUGUGAGGAAGUAAAAGAUGAACAGUGGAAGAAAGCCAUGGACUUUCUGAGUACCACACCAGAGCUAAACUAUAUGACACAAAUUAACAUUAUGAUGUUUGAGGACCCGUCAAAGGACGUAGGUUCACCAGAGAAGUUCCAUGUAGAAUUACACUUCAGUCCUGGAGCAUAUACCAGCAGUGAUAAGAAUGUGGUCAACCCUGCAGGUUCUGGCUAUAGAACUUCCUUCUUGGUGAGACAGAGUAAAAAAGGACAUGAAAGUGGAGUAAAACAUAAAGAUGGACCUGAUGACCAAGGAAAAGCAGAAAUUAUACAGGAAACUAUCACAGAGGAAAGUUACACUGAAGAAUCUAUAGUUCUUGAUAACUUAGAAAUAGAAAAACCUAGUGAAGAUACCGAUAUAGCAGUUGAUAAAGGUGUUAAAGAAAGUAAGACAUCUGAAAAAGUUGAUAUGCCUAAAGAAGAUAAAGAAGAAUUAAAAGUGCCACAUAUCACUUUGCAAGUUAACAGUGAAAAUAUUGAACUAGAAAGUCCAACCAGAAAUGUUCCAACUGUGAUAGGUAAGGAUUUGAAAGAUAUUGAAAACGAUGCUGUGAAUGAAGAACAAGCACCUUCUGUUAAUGAGUUAGUACUUGAAAAAGCAGCAGGUACUGAUGAAAACAUUGAAAGUGUUGGCUCACAAUGUGAUAUUGAGGAUUCAAUAAAUACUGAUACUGGGAUAGACAAACCAAGUAGUGGAGUGAAUGUGAAAGAUGAACUAAAAAAACUGGAAAAUGAACAGAUGGACACAAGUCAGAAAAUUAAAAAGAAAUUUGAUGUGUCUGCCGCAAGCCAAUCUGAAGUAAAGAGAGCAAAGGUUUUUGAAAAACCUCCAGCUAAAAAAGUAAAGGCAGAGAAGAAAGAUAUAGAUGCAUCAACUCAUGAUGAAGUGAUGUUUGAUGAUGCUUUUUCAGAAAAGGUGUCAGAUGAUGAACACUCUAAGACAAUAACCAAUACAUCAGAUCUACUAGACCAGUCAAGGAAAGGGAUACCGCAGCCGAAGUCACCUGACCCAGACAUACCUGAAUGGGAUUGGGAUGACGCUUCUACACAGACUGAAAAGACUGUUGGAUCUUCAAGUAGCACCCUGAAGUCUGCAAAAAGUGGAACGUCUGAAGAUGCUAACUUAACAUUUCCAGCUGUAACGAUAAGUGAAAACUCAGUAUCUAAGCCUAUUCAGAUACACUUACCUGGAUCUAGUAAACCUAGGGACAGAGCUGGUAGUUUUGAGGGCAUGAAAAGUUUUGAGGAGAAGAGAAGCCGUAGCCUUGAGGAUCAUGAAAAUAAAGAGGCUUGUCUCGGCAAUCAGAAAAGUAACCGGACAGUCAAAUCAUUACCAUUUCGUUACUCGUUGACUGACGUACGCUCUAUGGAUUUACCAGAACAUAUAACCACAUUAGAGAAGCACUACUGUACCAUUCACCUGCCAAUAAAGGACAGCCACCAUUCUUUUUCCAGUCUGCUAUAUCUAAACCCAGAGGCAUUCAAAGAGAUUAUAAUAAAUAGCCAUGUUGAGCUUGAAACUUUCGGUAACUUGGCACCACCAGAUAUUACACGUUUUGGAUCUUACAGUUCCCCUGCAAUCUCUGACUUUCUCAAUACUGAUUGUGAGAAGUGCAGAACACAACUGGAAACCAAAGUGAGACUCCAAAGUUGCCUGUACUUCAGUUGUGGUAAUGCCUUCGAUGGUUUCAACAUGGUUCCCUCCUUGAAGCCAUUAGAAACACUGCACAACAAUCUCACCAUGCGGGACCUGGAUGCGUUCCUCAGUCGAGCCACCACAACAAAGUUUUUUACACCAGUGUCUUCACCAAUGUAUGGACCUACUCCUUUGGCAUCGCCAAGAUGUCCCGAGUUGAAGAAAGCAAAAUCUCACAGUGGCCCCAGUUUGCCAUCUUCCAGUAACUCAAGUGCUGGGCCCUCUUCUCCAACAUCUGCAUCAACUCCAGUCGACUUUAUUAAUAAACUAAGAUGCUACAUUAUUGACAGUACAAAAAAUGAGCAGCAGAUAUCUGUUGAUAAUGAGACAGAAUCAGAACCAGUUCAAACCGCGUCAGCCAAUCAGAAACAAGAUUGCAGUGACAUGAAUUUAAAUCAGCCAAUCAAAAUUGGGGUACCAUCUGAAACUCAAAAACAGACUGAUUCACAAAAUUCAGACAGUGGAGCAGCUGGAAAUCCAACUGUUCAACCUUCUUCUCUUGCCUCAACAGGAAAAACUGGGCACCAGUCCGCUUUCAAAAUGGUUAGCAGGUCAAAUAGCCAGAAGAAAUCUAGUGUGUUUUAUGUGUCACAGGUUUCUGAGGACAGCCUUGAUGUGAACAAGUCAUUAGAACAAACUGGUGAUGCUGAAAUGAAAACAAAUCAAGAGAAAGGUCCUAACAGUGUAGAAAAAAGCUGAUGAAACUAGAUGUUAGUGUUAACCGUACAACUAUAGCAACUAUUUUAUUUGUUUGCCAAAAUAUUUUUUAUUGGAGGUUGUAUACCAGUAUUAUAUUAGCAUAUUUUCCUCUGUCCUGUGGCAACAUGUUGUAUCUGUACUUGUUUAUAAGUUAGUGUAUUUUAGGCAAAAACCAGAAUAAAAGAAAAAAAUGAAAUAAAGAAAGAUUCACAAAUUUUAAAAUGCAUUUGUCUGUGGUUACAGUUAUGAAAAAGUUGUUUAAUGGCAUGUACUUAUAUAGUAAAAAGGUGGGUGGAAUUUUAGCCAGUCAUUUAAUAGUAGCUUAAUACAGGUGGCUGCAUGUAUAAUGUCGAUUUUAUAUUUAUGGCUUGUUGUUAAUGUUAAGUCUUUCAUAUUGGCAUGCCAUGUUAUAUAUCUUUAAAUGUUCAAAAGUUAACAAGUAGGCUUGUAUAGAUAUAUGAAAGUAAUUGUAUUUUACCGUAAGGCUUUAAAACAGCGAUUUGUCUAACUUUAAAGGUUGUUUCUUCUAGUCACUGCAAAAUAUAUAGGUGAAACUUUAUAUCUCAAACUGGCUUAUCUCAAAAUUCCGGCUACCUCAAAAACAUUUACAAGUCCCGUCCCAAAAACAAGUACACAAAGUAUCGUUUUGAAAGUUGAAUUUCGGUUAUAUCGAAAUUAAACAAUUGAUCAUCCCGUAUAAUUCAAGAUGCCAAGUUUCAACUGUAUAUGAUUUGUACUGUAGACAGGCAUCAACUUUUCUGUGUAGGCAAACUGUUUAUGCAUAAGCAGAUAUUAUCAGAUACAAAGACUUACAGGGUAAUUAGAAUAUAAGUAAUGUAUGAUCAGUUACAUAUUAUUUUUAUGCCCCCGGCAUCUACUGAUGCGGGAGGCAUAUAGUGAUUGUCCUGUCCGUCCUUUAGUUCAUCCGUCCGUCCGUACGAGGUUAACCAAAUGGGACCGUUUCAUCUAGCAUCAAUACCCCUAACUAGAAUGACUUGAUACUAAUGCAGAUGUAACCUGUGACCAUUCCUCAUCUUCAGACAUCACCUGACCUCAGUUUGACCUUGACCUUAAACUUGACCUUGUUUUGGACUUAGAUUGCUUUGUAUCGACAAGGAUGCCACCGGAGGCAUCAAGCGUUUAUUGAACGCAGCUCCUUGUUUUGCUGAUUACUUAUUUGUAGUCUCCAUGUACUUACAAUAGAACAGAAAGUGUCAAUAUUUUUCUGUAUAACAGUUCCUGUUUCACUUCGGAUGCAUGUAAUCAUUUUUAGCAUGACUUUAAUUGAAAACUGAUUAAAGCAAAUAUUUUUAAUUUUACUUAUGUUUAGCUAUAAAGAACAAAAUUACAUUAUUUAUUUAAAGUAAAGUAAAUAUUUAAUGUGUGUGUGUGAUAAAAUCGUUACCUUUGUGAGGAGGAAUAUGCACUUCACAGAUUAAUAUUGUACUCCAUAAGUCAUGCGUAUUUCUGUUGCAGAACUUGUGCAUAUUUUUCUCCAAACAAAUCAAAUGUCCUGUAAACAGGAGAUAUUAAACAAACUACAAUGUGAUCUUGUAGAUAAACAUGAUACCUAGUCAUCAACAUGCAGGAGAAAUCCAGUAGGUUGUUGUUUUACAACAGUUUUUAUCAUCAUUGUAUGAUGAUGUUGUUAAGAGAAAAUAGUUAUAUUAUCCUAUUUUGUUUUGAACAACAAUAAAUGGCAAAAGAAUGUU